AUGGGGUUUCUUUCGGAUCAUCCGCAUACGGCUAUCACUGAGACGAUCUUUCGAAUUGUCUCUUCAAGGGACUACACACUAGAAGUGGAGCUAUCUCCCUUGAUUCAGCUUAUCAAAGCAGAUCACAACGACUAUAACUAUACUGUCAACCAGGAGGAGGCUGCGCGAGCACUUAGAAAGAAGAUAAAGUAUGGGAACCGGCUGCAACAGUCCAGGACUCUGGACCUUUUGGAUCUGUUUAUUUCACAGGGCGUUAAGUUUACAGUCAUGUACAAUGAUGACAAGCUGCUGCAAAGGUUGAAAGGGAUGGCCACGAACUCUGAGAACAGUGGGUCCGGUGAGAAGUAUGAGCCUAGGAUUAUCAAGAAGUGUGCAGCAUAUGCUAUUUCGUGGUUAAACUACAUUACUCAGAACAGCCUGGAGAAUGCAAGGGCCUAUGCAGGCCUUUAUCAGUUGGGCCAAACGGUUAAACAAAGGUACUCUAAGAGCAACCGUUCUGGUCGUAGUGGUGGAGGAGCUGGCGGACGGUCUAACUUCAUGAAUGAUAGUGCUGACGACACUUUGUACCAGUCCAACUCGUUGACCAGCGCCGAUAGAUUGUAUAGGAUUCCACAGAUCAAUAUGAACAAGGAGGCACCCAGGAUUCGGCUCAUAAUCAGUGAUGCUCUCGCGUCCGCUGUGUCGUUACAGAACUCUCUGAUCGGCUUGCCUAGGGGCAAGUACUCCACGGACGAUGAAGAGGCCACGUCCAAGUUCAUCCAGGCCAGGGCCAUCAGGAGGAAAGUUCUUAGAUAUUUGCAAUUGGUGACGGAGGGUGAGUUUCUGGGUAGCUUGAUUCAUGCCAAUGAUGAAUUGGUGGCUGCGUUGACUGCAUACGACGACCGAAGCGCUCAGGACGAUAGCAGCGAUGAGAACGAUCAUGGCUCGUACGAUGACGAUAUUUAUGAUGAAAAUGAGCAGGAUAACAGCAGGUAUAUCGACAGCGAGUCCUCGGAGGAAGAGAGUUUAUCUUCCUAUCAGCCGUCCACGAUGUCAAACCCAUUCGGGGAUCAUAACAAAAUUUAA